AUGGCAGCAGAACGGACCAGCUCUUCCAACGGCGAAAAGGAGCAGUUGCACAGCUCCGCAAACAACCCUGUUUGGCAUGAAACGACCUUUGAUUCACAACGUGAAGAUCGCAUGGUCAGUCCACGCGAUACUGACGACGGCCAAACGGUCCAGUACGUUGACCGCGAUGAAGCACGACAUUCGGAAGUCACCCCGUAUAUGCUGUCCUCGCGAACACCCAGCACGUCCAACUUCGAAACGCCUCUCCUCCCUCCAGAUUCACCUCAGUCCAGACAUACCCCCACACACUCUUUAUCCCACAACGCCAACCUGAACUACAUAUCCUCUCCCUUGAACCCCAACCCCCCCAUUUCGUCCCCAGGUUCUCCGCAGACCAAUUCGCGUUAUCGGUCGCAGUCUCGCCAAAGCAUGCAAUUUAAUCGCGUGGCUUCAGAAGACUCCCAGGUCCUCGCUGUACCCAACGUAGCCUCACUGCCUUCUGCUCAGCGCGGUUCAAUGAUACUAUAUCGUCUAGCCGCAGGAGACAACCGUGGUCCAUUGGUCCCACCGAGGCCACUCCCUAACCGCGAUUCAGUCUUCACCACAGGCUCAGGAGAUUCCGUUUUCUCACUUUCAUACGACAGCAAGUACCCUUCUGGCGCUUGGAAUGCACGUGGUGCUCUUGUACCCUACGCCUAUGACCCAUCCCUUGACGAGCCAGACGAGGAUGAUCCCCUUAAUGAUCCUAACGACGACGCUUUCAAAAGCGACGUCUUUCCUCUCAGAGGUAUCCUCAAUGUUUCGGUGCUCUUCCUCCUCAUUUUGGCCCUCCUCAGUCUCUUCAUCAUCUACCCUGUUUUCAGUUAUUUUCACGAUCGCUCCCAGCAAGAUGCGAUUGCAGGCAACGCGCUCGUCAAUGGAACCGGCCAGAUCCCGUUUCUAUUCCAAAUGGCACAGCUAAUCGAUCCUGAUACGCCUAGUAGUGCUGCGACGCGGACAGGUUUUGAUGGCCUCCCUUACGAGCUAGUCUUCUCGGACGAAUUCAACACACCCAACCGCACUUUCUGGCCUGGGGAUGAUCCUUUUUGGGAAGCCGUAAACAUCUGGUACUGGAGUACCGAAGAUCAGGAGUGGUAUGACCCGGCCCAGAUAACAACAAGCAAUGGGUACCUGAGCAUCGUCAUGGACCAGAUCCCUGAGAAUGACUUGCCUUACCGGAGUGGUAUGCUCCAGAGUUGGAACAAGUUUUGCUUUACGGGCGGCUAUAUCGAGGUGUCAAUCAGUUUACCAGGGCCGAAUCAGGAGACACAGGGUUAUUGGCCGGGUGCAUGGACGAUGGGUAACCUUGCACGUCCGGGAUACGGUGCGACUACAGACGGCGUAUGGCCUUACUCCUAUGACUCCUGUGAUGUUGGCACAUUCCCGAACCAGACAGAGCCGGAUGGUUCUGGACCUGCUGCUGCUCUCCAGUCAAACGCCUCGAAGGCCAAGUACAAUUAUGAGCUAUCGUGGCUGUCGGGACAGCGCCUCUCGUCGUGCACCUGCCCAGGAGGAGAUCAUCCCGGGCCAUCCGUGAAUGUUGGCCGUGGUGCCCCUGAAAUUGAUAUUCUCGAGGUCGAGCAUAAUAAGUUGGGCUCGGGACAGGUCGUCUCACAGUCCGGCCAGUUUGCGCCCUUUUCGCACGAUUACACCUAUCUCAAUGCCACCCAGGAUGAGUGGUUCAUCAACACGCCUAAUGUCACAAAUGCGAAUAGUUAUCUAGGGAGUCCAGUCCAACAAGCAGUAUCUGCCUUAACGCUUCUUCCUGAUGAUAUUUUCCAAGAAUCUGGCGCGCAGUUCACGACCUUGGGCUUCGAGUAUUGGUCGGAUCCCUCAAAUCCCUCAGAUGGGUAUAUCGCAUGGCAGACCGCCGGUGUCGAGUCUGCACGUCUUGGCGCCGCAGCACUUGGUCCUGAUCCGUUACCAGAUGGCACAGGCGUGUCGCAGCGACUGAUCUCUGUAGAGCCAAUGUCCAUUGUCCUCAACUUGGGUAUAUCACCGAAUUGGCAGACGAUUGAUCUAAGCACGAUGAUCUUCCCUGCUGAGAUGCUCGUUGACUACGUUCGUGUGUACCAGCGGAAAGGGCAGACGAAUAUUGGGUGCAGUCCCGCAGACUAUCCUACGGAGGACUAUAUCAACCGGCAUAUGGAUUCAUACAUGAAUCCCAACCUUACGGCGUGGAAUUAUCCAAAACCGCAGAACAGCUUGUAUUCUGGCGGGUGCUAA